GCCCUCCUCGAACGGGGAACGGAAUCCCGUAGGGGUCAUUCCAAGCUGGAGGGUGGAAUCACCGCGUGAGUUUCUCCGGGUGGCGAGUUUCUCCGGGUGGUGAGUUCUAACGCUGCGAGCCCCAGAGGGCGAGGCGACCCUCCGACACCGGGAUCGGCAACCGCGCCUUCUUCCCCCGCUGGAGCCCACUGGGAAGGAAUGGCAGCCCCCUCUAUGAAAGAAAGGCAGGCUUGCUGGGGAGCCCGGGAUGAGUACUGGAAGUGUUUAGACGAGAACCCAGAGGACGCUUCUCCGUGCAAGAAGUUAAGAAACUCUUUUGAAUCAAGCUGUCCCCAACAGUGGAUAAAAUAUUUUGAUAAAAGAAGAGACUACUUAAAGUUCAAAGAAAAAUUUGAAGCAGGACAGUUCCAGCCUUCAAAACCAGCUACGCAGUCCUAGGCUGUUCCCGGACUUGCCACCAGGGUGACACUGUUCUUUCUGAACUUGGAAAAAUGCUCCCCGGAGGGCCGAUGGCGGCAGUGGUGCGAAGUGUGGCAAAUAGCAGCACUUCCCCACCGACAGACGCUCAAGUAAGAUCCCAUCAGUCAGACCGUGAAGAGUUGAAAUGGUAUGAACUAUGCUUAGUGUUAAGUCAGUAAGAAAUCUAUAUUUUAAGAAAAAUUAAAGUCUAUUAUAAAAACCA